AUGCUUCAAGUUCUUCCAUUCUCCUUAGGCCUGCCAGUGAUGGGCCUUCUGCAGUCGGGCUCUACAUCGCAAACAUUCUCCAACUUGGCCAAUCCAAACGCCAACGCCAAAGUCGUGGAUGCCUGUGAACGCAAACACUUCGGACUCCCCUCUUGUGGCCUCAACAUCUUCACCACCGUCACCGCAUCCACUCCUCCCCAAGACAAAUCUCACACUACCUCACUGAUACAGUGUGAUAAAGGAUUCAGCGAAGAGAAUCUCGCCACGGUCUUAUCCACUCAAUUUCACUUGCAAACCCCACAUUUGCCAUUCGUAAUUCCAUAUAAUACCAUCGGCACUUCACCACUGUUGUAUGCUCCUUGCACCAAUGUUAAUGCCAUGCUACCACUGCAAACAUUUUAUCCCCUUCCACCAUUGACACCCAAUGAAUUGGGUCUACUCAUCGCCAGUCACCUUUCCUGGAACCCUCACAUGCUCCUUCCGGUUCUGCUUAGUCUGUUCAACGCACACCGACGACCAACCUCAGAUACCACCCUGCCAAACAUCGAAACGGAAGCACGCGAUACCAGUUACGAGGCCUGCAACGGCAUCACAAACGGCAGCAACGUCAACGCUUCCACCAUUACCAGAACGAUGGAGAAUGGUGACGUGAAAGAGGAGCAGGAGCAGGAGCAGGUGGAGGAGAAGGUGGAGGAGAAGUGUGUUCAGCAAGGUCAGAAGUGUAGGAAGGUGUGCAACAACUCUGCCACGGGCGAGGCCACUCACGCCCUUGGAACUGCAACUACUGCAAUAAGGCGUUCUCGCGAAGGUGGGUCAUUCAGGGUCACGAGCGCACACACAGGCGAAAAACUCUUCGUCUGUUCGGUCUGCCACCAUGCCUUUGCCGACCGGUCGAACUUCCGAACACACAAGAACACACGCACCACAACGCAGCGCGUUCGCUGUCCUUGCUUUUCUCGGUCCUUCAUCCGAAACAGGACGCUCAUCCGACACCUCAAGAAGUGCCCAUCCUCCACUCCUGCCACACCCGUCAGCGCUGAUCCUGCUUCCACCACCCCGCAUCGCCAUCACUGCUGA